CCAGUACCCAGCUCUCGUUCUCCACUCUCUACUCGCGUCACUGCAGCAACCAAGAAACCCUAAACAACUCUCCCCAUUUCAUUUCCGACUGCGCAGCCGCGUAGCCCACAAUCGGCGACGGACUACCGCGGACGACGACUCCGAGUCGCGACCUUGCCUCCCCUGUCGCGAGGUCCGGUCUCCCUCCCCUGCAUCGCCUGCGCGAGCUCCGAGAGUCCAAGUCCGACUUCUCCCUGUCUCCCCUUCCCUGUGGCGACCCGCGAGCUCCAGUUCCCCUUCAUUUCUCGUCUCGACAGCUCCGGCCGCUCAGUACCUCCCCUGUUACUCAACUGAGCGAUUGAAAAUCGCUUCUCCUUAACUCGCCAGCUCCGGCCGCUCCGAGUCUCCGACCAAGCGACACUUCCCGGCGUACAAUCUUCAACACAGGGUAUCCAGAUCCUCCGAGACCGGGAGCAAUCCCUCAGAAUCUGCAGUUGUGACUCCACAUCACCGCAGAAUGGAAAUUCAGGGCCAUUGAAUUGAGACUUUGCUCCCAAACUUGCUCCUGUAGGCGAUUCCAGCUGAGCCAGUGAAUAUUCUCCUCCUUUUUUUUGUCCCUACCAAAACCCAGUAAUCAAACUCGGAAUUUAAUGGAUCAAUCCUUCCGGUAACUGAAACACGUACAUCAGCUAAGAAGAACGAGAGCCCUUUUGCGCUGAGGGUUUUCUGUGAAAAAUCGGCAGGUCUCGCUCAACGGUGGUUUCGCGGUGGGUUUCUGUUGGUUCUCUGACUUAGAAAGCUUCAUACUUCUACAGACCAAUUCGAGGUGUCUGAGUUGAUUUGAGAGAGGACACAACUUCUAAGCACUAAUUUGUUUGCUAAUGGACGAUGUUGGUAGUAGCAGCUCUCGGAAAAGGAGGGAUCCUCCUCCCACUCAUUCGCCUACUAUCCCCAAUGUAAGUCUAUAUGUUAAUAAUUCCAUUGAAGUUUGGUUAAAAGCUUGCUAGUCGGUUUUGGUUAAAUUGUACCCAUUUAGGAACUAAUAUGCUAUUCUAACAGGAUAAGAGCGAUGACAAAGAGACAAUUACGAAAAUACCUGAAUGACACGUUGGAGUCUGAUCUAAAGCUCCGUUUGAAGACUUGUCUUGACCUAAACAUAGAAGUAUUAACUAUUUGCUUACAAUUUUGAAGUUUUUUUUUCAUAUCUAAUUUAUGUUUUCUUUCUUUUCUAUUCCCUAAUGUUAAAGUCGUGGCACCUCAAUUUAGCCGACUACCUAAAAAGUAUUGAAAAAGUCAAGAUUUUGUUCAAAAAACGAAGAAAUAGAAGGAACAAAUGUAUCUUAUCCCAUUACGGCAAAACUCUCUUUAGGUCUAUAACUCUCUUUAGGUAGUUAAAGAGAGUUUUGCCAUCAUGGGAUAAGAUACAUUUGUCCCCUCCAUUUCUUCGUUUUUUGAAUAAAAUCUUGACUAUUUCAAUACUUUUUAGUUAGUCGGCUAAACUGAGGGGCCACGACUUUAACAUCAAGGAACAGAAAAGAAAGAAAACAGAAAUUAGAUAUGAAAGAAACUUCAAAAGUGUGAGCAAAUAGUGAAUACUUCUAUCUUUAGGUCAAGGCAAGUCUUCAAACGGAGCUUUAGAUCAGACACCAACGUGUCAUUCAGCUAUUUUCUUAAUUGCCGCUUGUCAUAGCUCUCAUCCUGUUAGAAUAACAUAUUAGUUCCUAAAUAGGUACAAUUUAACCAAAACUGACUAGCAAGCUUUUAAUCCAAACUUCUAUGGAAUUAUUAACAUAUAGACUUACAUUGGUGGCUCACUCCUACUGUCACUCUAGAAAAUGGCCAAGUGAAACCACUUCCUAAAGCGUAGUAUAGCGGGUUUGGGUUUUAAUGUCAACCCGGGUCCUAGAUAUGAUGACUACUCAGUGAAUUCGUAUUAUCUAGCAAUGAAACUUUAGUGAAGGUCUAAACUAACAAGCAAGCAAAGCAACUAAACGGUUGUUUUCAGGUUAAGAGAGGUCACCCGGAUAUGGUUCCCCCUAGACUGCAGUUAAGCCGGAUUGCAAUUUACCAAGUUCAAUUUCUAUGAUAGUUAUACUGCGGAAGGUUCUUAAACAGUCUGAAGUCUCGACUAAAGGUCUCCAGACCCUCUCAAUCUGAGUCUUUAGCGGGCGACUAACCUCCACCGGAGUAAACAGAUUGAGGCCCUAAUGAACAAAACCUCCUCUACCGAAGUAACUUCGGUACAGAAUAGUGAAUUGGCUCCUCGACUAAAGUCACCAAUUCACUACCUUCAAUUAAGGGUGCUCUAUCAACCUAGGCAGAUAUUCUCAUUCUAGGUUAAAGCAGAAACAACAAGAAUUUUAUCAGGAUUCAUGCCAUUCAAUCAUUCAAAUCUCAAUCGAAUAUAAUCAAAUCAUGGAAACAGUACUUGGAUUCAUAUAAUCAAACCUAACAUACAGAUCUAGGGUUCCCCAUACCCAGAUGAAUGGGAGAACUACUCCAUGGAGAAAGAAGCAAAAGCAGAUUCAGACGAGGAAAUCAUACUGUGAAGGAUGGAUUUCUGCUCCUGGACGUUGAUCGGCACUUCUCCAAGCUCAAGCCAAGCUCCAAAGGUGAUGAAGAUCAAGCUAGGGCACUUGGAGACUCUUGUUCGUCGUUUUCUCUCUCUAGGAAUCGCUCUGUCUCUCUAAAACUCGAAUUCCCUCUCUUUUGGCUGAAAAUCUGCCUAAAAGGGCAUCACUGGCCAGAACACGGUCGAGGGCACGGCCGUGUUCUGCUCCAGCCCGCCCGUGCCAUCUGCCACGUCAUAAAUACAUGGGCACGGUCUGGGGGAAAACACGGGCGUGUUUGAAGUAGGACACGGCCGUGUUUUGAAUUGACCCCGCCCGUGUUUUCUCAUUUUCUUCAUUCAACUCUCGGCAAUAAAAACACUGGCGGGCCCUUUGGUGUACACGGUCGUGUUCUUCAAGCAGCCUGCCCGUGUUUUGGUCAUAGCUCGACCAAACGACUUCCAAAUGCCCCGAAACUCGUGCUUGGCCUUCCCUUUGACGCCUAGGACCUGAAAUAUGACAAAGUAGCACAACCCGGCGUAAAAUAGGCCAAAACACACAACUAUGCCCCGCAAAUGGGUAAGAAAUAGGGGUAUAAAAACAUGUGAUUACACCGUUAUCAAACUCCCCCACACUUAACCGUUUGCUUGUCCCUAAGCAAACCAAGUCAGACACCAGGUAAGCUCAAAACACUUCAAUCAAGCAAGCUUUAGGGCAAAUCAUAUCGGCACAAAACACGUGGAUCAUACUGGCUCUCGAUCAUUAACACAUGGCAACUCGAACGACAACCUAGACAACCAUCACAGAUGACAUUCGAAUGCAAUAAAGUCGAGCAAAGGAAGAAUUCACUUCUGUUCAUCAACCAACAUAGACUUGACUUACCCACUUGUUCAAAACAGUCACUUCAUGCACAAAGCUCAAGAUAUCAGAAUUAAGACCGAGCAAUCUAGGUCCUCACCGGGGUAAAGAGUAUAGAGAAUAUGAGAAAAUGAAUCGCUCACUCUCGACCUAUGGGGUCAGGACAAUUUGAUGCGAAAAAUGCGCAUGAUUAAUCUCUCAAUCCCUAAUGUCUCUUCACCAUGAAUGCAGCCUCUAAAUGCUAGAGUUCACAUAAGGAGUGUCACCACUAACUAAUCCGGAGGUCUUAGACACAGGUUCAAAUGACUGGCUAGGGUCUUGGACAUGGGGAAAAAACCUUUUAGGUGGUGGAAGUUAUAGCACAAUGUUCCAUAUUUUCAAACCCAACAAAAAUCAUAGUCAAGCAAACCAAUAACUUUCUUUCUGCUAUUCUGCAUUACUCAAAUUCUUUAGGGCACAAGAGCGAAGGAGGUUAUACAAAUGUUAGCAUUUCCAAGGCAGACUGCUAAGAAACACUACUUAAUGGGCCUUAUUCAGAUUUUUGGUGGUGGCUCUCUUUUGCUUUCAUUUUUUCUUUGUUUUUCUUUAGUUUUUUCCCCUUUUCAUUCCUUAAGAGAACCACCACCUCUGCACAUUUUUCAAACACACGCCCAACUUUUAAGCACUACCUCUAACACUCACAUUACAUUUAGCAGAAACAGCAGAGAACAUGUAAAAACCACUCUGUGGAACCUUCUAAAAGAUACAAAAGGGUGAUUUUUCAUUGCAGACCGAAAGAAAAGAUAACACACGGCUCAACGGGGCUGACUAGGGGAUAUGACACAUCAGGACAGUCGAUUUGGUCGUGGGCUAAUCCUAUGCCUCCAUCAUCUUAGCUAGUGACAACGUGAAUGCUACACAUCAUGGAAGAGGAAUCUAUCGCACAAGAAAGAAACGAGCAGGCUCAAAUCUCACAUGGCUACCUAUAUGCUCUAUCUCACAUUCUGAUUCCCUGAACUAGAUGCAUAAAUGACUGUCAAAAGCAAGUGAUCAAAUUCAAGUCGCAGUUGGUAAGCAAACAGUUGAAAACUGAACCCCUACACAACUCUACUACACAUCUCAGUCAUCGUAAUAGGCUAUCUUAGCCACACUCAAGUUGUCAUGCAUCAAGUCAAAAGCCAUUCAAUUCACUAAUCACAUCCACAGUGCCAAUACGAUCAAACAUCAAGCAAACAGCAGUGCUUGGAGCCCUCAAAUCUCGAGAUUUGGACAGUGGACUAGGCUCCAAGCACCCAUACACACGUUCCAAUUAAUACAAAGAACCCCCCCACACUUAAGCGCGACAAUGUCCUCAAUGGAGCAGAGGGAAGGGGAACGAUGUUACCGUGAAGUGAGAUCAGGAACGGAGAUUGGGAGGCAGACCAGACAAAAGCAGGGGACUGGAAGGGGAACCAGUCCGAGGCACAGCUAAAGGAAACCAAAGAGCUCAAACACAAUACGUUAGGUCCAAUGGUCAGCCCAAUAUUACAUCAUCCAAGACAAAAGAAAACAAACCAAAGCCAAAGCUAUUGGCAAUCCGACCCAAAACAAAAGAAAUAAAUGAAAACCGUGGUGGGGUUGCCUCCCCACGAGCGCUUCUUUACCGUCUUGUAGCUGGACGCCCAUGGUGGAUAAUCAGCGUGGUGCAUGAACAGGUGCAUCCAAUAGCGGAUCCACAUCGCUCUUGAGAUACAGCUUCAGGUGGUGACCGUGCACCCGACGGGUGCAACCACCAGCAUUGGUGAGCUCGACCUGGCCAUCAGGCAGAAUGCAGGCAAGAGAGUACGCAGAUGGCCAGGGUGAUCGUGAUGCAGGAGGUGGGACCAGCUCAUAGUGGUCUCCACCUUUCUUCCGAGUGGGCUUAGGCACCUGCUGCUUCGGCCGCCACUCCUCUUUGAGCUUUUUAUUUGGUGGUGAGGCUGGAGGGAGCGACGGCGAAGGAGUGAGAGGGGGAUCAUGCAAAAUGGGAGAUGCAGACGGAUACACGACAGGCUCGUGUACCGGGUCAGAAAUAGCAUGCAUAGGUGUGACAGCAAUCAUAGCAGAGUGGUCGAAUUCAGUCACAGCAAAGGUAGCCUGUUCAUUUCCAGCACGCAGUAUCAGUUUACCCUCAUGCACAUCAAUAAGUGCCUUGGCGGUGGCAAGAAAUGGUCUCCCUAAAAAAAUGAAAUGUCAGAACACAGCACAAAGACAAUACCAUCACCAAGCAAAGGAAAGAAAAGAAAAUACGAAGGCAUAAACCAAGCCGCAGAAGAAGCAGCUGUCAAAAGUAGUCACUGGCUUGCUAGCGACCAGCAAGGGGGAGAGACAGAGUAUGUGAGUCUAUUGGCGCCAAAUAGUUGCCAGAAGCCAUUCAGACAACUAUUUUUAUCUUUCAAUGCUGAGAGGGUGAACUUCAUGCGUGUAGAACUUGGGAUGGAGGUAAUUAGGUGGGUUGAUGGAUUGGAAGGGAAGGUGGGUUGAUGGAUUGGAGGCUUAAAAGCCUGAGAGAAACUACAUUUUCCUUGACAUGGGGACAGCCUGAUCUAGCAACAUCGUCGACUUCAUCGGGAGGGACAUCUCGAACAACGUCUGAGACUUUGAAUGACUUCUGGGUUAUGGAACAAGUACUACUCCAUCACCCCAUUUUGUGGGAUAUGAGGAAAGGUGAUAAAGCAAUAUGUAGGAUGUGGCUUUUUUAUGAAGGACUCGGUCUGGCUGGUCCAGAAAAUGACCUCAAAAUCGAACUUACUGAUUGUGUCGGCGUGCACCUGUUGCCAAAGAGUGUUAUUAAUCGAAUUGCUCAAGAAAUGGGUCAUUGGAAAACCGAGGUAAAGGAAUACUACGAGAGCAUUGCGCAUGAUGUAGCCGACCAUAUCUCUUAUUUGGAAUCCUCAUUGGAGAGAUGUCCGAAAUAUAUGGCCUUUAUGCGAAAUGCGAUUGAACACAGUAAAAUGCGAAAGGAUCUACAAGUUGGCGAGGAACAGAUAGAGGUCGUAAUGGAGGAGCUAUUUGAGCUGUGCAUUGAAGCCGUCGUCAGGUGGUUAGAAGUAACCAGAGGAGUGGAAUAUGCCCGGGAAGUGAAGUGGUUGCAGUGCGUGUGA